GUGUUCCUUAGUGGCCGGAGCAUGCGCUGGCUGCACGUCGCGGCCGUCACCCUGGGCGCGCUGAUCCUGGCCGGCACCCUGCUGCUCAUCGGACUACACUUGUCGCAGCCGGGCCCUUGCGGCCGAGGGGCCAUGCCGUGCUCCUCGGCGCCGACCUGCAUCCCUCAGAGGUCCUGGUGCAACGGCCACCGGGAUUGCCCCAGCGGCGAGGACGAGGACAGCGUGGGUUGCGCUGAUUGGGCGGGCAGUGACGGCGUUCUCCACACGGUGCUGGACGCCCUGCCUCCCUCCAAGACGAGGACGACACCGACGCUGAGAAAAUGUGCACUUACGAACUUUCCGGUAAGCUGCCGCUGCGAAGACACCAAGCUGAACUGCCGCGGGGCGGGCCUGGUCGAACCGCCGGCGAGCAUCCGCGGAGGAGUCUCCAAACUGGUUCUUCUGAACAAUUUCAUCAAGAAGGUGGACAGUUCGUCAUUCUCCGACUACCCAUCCCUCGCCCUACUGCACCUCGGGGGUAACAGCAUCACUCACAUCCCUGCUGGAACCUUCACGGGGAAGAAAUAUCUCCAAAAACUGCUGCUGAUGAACAACAUGCUACGCCGCUGGGACUCUAGUCCAGGGGAACUCCAGGACCUCCAGCGCCUCCAGUGGCUGUUUCUGGACAACAACCAGCUCGAGGACAGAACGUGGCCGCUCGGCCAGCUCGGCGCCUUGGGGCACCUGGAGUGGCUGAGUAUUACCAACAACAAGUUACGACUCAUGCAGAACGAAGAGUUUCCUCUCAUGACCUCUCUCCAUGAACUCAACUUGACUAACAACGCGGUGUCUCGUAUCGAGGAAAUGACUUUCGCUAGGCUGAGUAGAUUGACCCUCUUAGAACUCAGCAGUAAUGACGUCAGAAGUAUUCACCCCGCUGCGUUUGAGAAAUUGCUGGAACUGAAAGAAUUGCGGUUGGCGAACAACAAGCUGAGCAUACUGCCUGAUCACAUUUUCGAGUCCCUUGGCUCGCUUACUAAACUGGACCUCGGUGGAAAUCCAAUCCACAUCCCAGGGCAUCUAUUCCUCCCACUGCAAAACCUGACAUCCCUUGGCCUGCAAGAUAUCGACAUCGGAAACAUCGACGUGGAUAUGUUUUCGGUGUUACCGAAACUAUCCAACGUAUACUUCAAAUUUUACUACUAUUGCUCGUUCGUCCCACACGUGCCACGCUGCAAGCCAAACAACGAUGGUGUGUCCUCCAUGGAGCACCUGCUCCACGCGCUGCCCCUGCGGCUGACGGUGUGGCUGGUGGCGGGCUUCACCCUGGGCGCCAACGUGCUCGUCAUGUCCGGGAGGGCGGCCCUCAACGACGACAACCGCGUGCUGAGCCUCGUCAUCCGCAGCCUGGCCGCCGCCGACCUCCUCAUGGGAGUGUACCUCGUGGUCAUCGCCUCGGCCGACGAGGUCAUGCGCGGCCAGUACAACAGCUAUGCCCACGCAUGGAUGACAUCCUGGGCGUGCACGUUGGCCGGCGUCCUGUCCAUGGUCUCUUCUGAGGUGUCCGUCAUGACCCUGGUCUUCAUGUCCCUGGAUCGGUUCCUGCUCAUAGCCGACCCGCUCGGACGCAACCUUAUGUCCUUCAGGUCCUCCGCCAGAGCAGUCGCCGCCAUAUGGGUCUCGUGCGUCAUCCUGGCGGUGCUCCCAGUGGCCGUACACUGGCGCUCCAGCACUCGCUUCUAUGGCGCCAACGGCAUGUGUUUCCCGUUGCACAUCGACGACCCUUACCUCACCGGCUGGCAGUACUCCACCUUCAUCUUCCUCUGCGUCAACGGCGCGAGCCUUCUUCUAGUGGCGUUGCUGUACCUGGGCAUGUUCCUCAGCAUCGUGCGCACCCGGCGCGCUACUCCGCUGGCGGUCGGUGACGUGGACGUGGCCAAGCGCUUCUUCUUCAUCGUGUUGACGGAUGCCUGCUGCUGGGCGCCGAUUGCCGUCAUGAAGGUCCUCGCCUUGGCGCACGUCCACAUCUCGGCUGAGCUGUACGCGUGGGUGGUGGUCUUCCUCGUGCCCAUCAACUCGGCCAUCAACCCCGUGCUGUACACGCUCACCAUACCCAAGUACCGCCAGGUGCUGGCCCGGCUGGCUCGCCGCCUCGCCGUGUGCGACGCCGUGCUCAGCACGCGCAGGCCCUCCGCGGACUUGGAACUGUCCAGAUACGGAGUCCUCCCGCGCGUCUCACAGCCAUCGGGUUCAGACGGCGAGCGGCGUCACCCUGAGGACACCGGCGGACCGGCCGAGCCCCGGCUCCAGGAAGACUUCAGCAUCCACCAUGGCCGACGGCAACCUCGGCCUCCCUGGGCUCAGCGCCGGAACUCUCUUCGGGGAUCAGUCGGGGCCCCCACUGCCAGUACAUGUUUGUGAGGGGUACUGCUGAGCAAGUGGCUUCACUCCAAAUGUAACAUAUGCACUUUAGGAACUACAUGAUCUCUAAAAGAAAUGUGAUAAGACAACAACUGAAAUAGAGCGUAACACUCUCCCACUGCGCACAGUCUUUGCAGGGCUCAGCAAAAUCCAUUUGAAUGUUUCGGUGUUCAUUUAAGAAGGCACAGUUUUUGUUAACAUGUGAUGCAUCUUCAGUGGUAUGAUAUUUGCGCAAUGUAUAGAAAUAUCACUUACGUAUAAGCAAUGAUAUAUAGUACAAUCAACUUAAAAAAUGAACAUUUAUUCUUUUGAAAUAUGAUACAACGUUUAUAAUAAUUAUACAUGUCAGCAGCCCUUUGGAAUUACAAUGCAAUAAUCCUACUCUGCUUAUCUGCAAUGAACUUGGGUAUUUCAUAAAGAACAGACAGAAUUAAAUAAUGAUCUGGAUAAUUAAAAUGGGUGGAGAUUAAAAACGUCAAUAGAAAUAUUUUAAAAAAUAA